UUCCCCGCCUCCUGAAUGAAAAUACGUGAGCCCUUUUUUCCACGCCUUCAAAAACAAGCAAAAUACCAAGAAAUAGGAGAUUUUCACCGGAUGAGUGUUUGGUUUCUGCUCGUAACCCAAGACAAAAACGGCCGUGAUGAGCUAUAGGUCUGAUAAAAUGCUUGCUGAAAGCAGUAUUGUCAGAGGUGAUCUGCCCAGGUGAGGUGGCGUGGUGCUGACAGAUAUGGAGGUGGGAAGUCUGCCUGUCGAGCUUUGGCGCCUCAUUCUGGCAUACCUGCCUCUGCCAGAUCUAGGUCGAUGCUGUCUGGUGUGCAGAGCCUGGCGGGAACUCAUUUUGAGUUUGGACAGCACACGUUGGCGCCAGCUCUGUCUAGGAUGCCCUGAAUGUCGCCACCCAAAUUGGCCUCGUCGCCCCCACCUGCCCCCGGUCUCCUGGAGAGAGGCUCUCCGUCAGCAUGCUCUUGCCAGCCGUACCUGGACCCAGAACGGCUCAGACCUCCACUCGUCUGCCUGCCUCCAUCUUUUCCGCCGGAGGAAAGACCGCAGGGUUUGGCAUGUUGGGACCGUUGCAGGAGGCGGCUAUGAGACUCUCAGAGGAGCAUUGGCUGCGGCAGGGCCAUACGAUAAGGUGGUGCUCCACGCGGGUGUGUAUGAGGAACAGGUGGAGGUGUCCCUCAAGGUGCCUGUGGAGAUUGUAGGAAUGGGCAAGCUGGGGGAUGUGUCGUUGUUGGUGAGCUUUGAUCAACAGUGCCCGACUGCGAGGCUGUGCAAUCUGGUGUUCAUGCCAGCGUGGUUUUCACCUGUGGUUUAUAAGACGUCUUCUGGUCAUGUCCAGUUGGACAACUGUAAUUUUGAGGGCUGUCAGAUUCACAUCCGGGGUCCAGGGACGUGUCAGGCUCGUUUUUGCUCCUUCGCUCAGGGCAGCUCAGCCCAUUUCCUGGGGGUGGCCAUCAGUUUAAUGGACAGUUGUGAAUUCUCAGGGGGAGAUUCUGCCUCUGUCACUGUGGAAGGUGCUCCGGUCUCUGAACGCAACUGGGCCUUCAAACACCUGGUUGCCUUGGCCAAGACCUUCACCAUGAUGACUAGUAAUGGGUCAACUGAAAUAUCAAAUCAGAGUGGAAAAGACAGUAUGGGUGCUGGUAGUCAUGGAAACACUCCCUUGGAAGGAGUAAACACAAUGGAGGACUGGAGUAAACAGGAAGUAGAUUUGGAAACAAACUGGGCAAAACAGAAAGGUGGAGACAUCCUCCUUCCAGGUCAGGAUGGUACAAUGAUUGAGGAGAAUGGCAUGGAAACAUCGAGUGAGUCAAGUGAGGAAGGUGACGAGCAAGAUGGCGAGAAAAGCACAGGCUUAAAACUUUCAUAUGACCAACACGGACUAGCGCAUCUCUCCAAAGUGGAUAUGCCCGAUUCUUCUGCAUUUCCUGCGCUGUUGAGUCUGUCUGCAGAGCUACAGAGGGAUGCAGAGGCGCAGGAUUUGGCUGCAUCGGUUCAUGGCUGUCUGCUGCGGCGCUGUCUGCUGCGUGAUGGAAAAGGUGGUGUUCACCUGUGCAAUCACGGUCAAGCUCGACUGGAGGCCAAUUUGUUCAGGGGACUCAACUAUGCAGUGCGCUGCAUCCAGAAUGCCAAAAUGGUGAUGUUGCGUAAUGAAGUGUGUGGGUGCAAGGCAUCUGGUGUGUUCCUGCGACUCUCUGCUCAAGGUCUCAUUGCUGAGAACAACAUUCAUUCUAACGGAGAAGCGGGACUAGACAUCCGCAAAGGGGCUAAUCCUAUCAUACUGUGUAAUAGAAUCCACAGUGGCUUGCGUUCCGGGAUCGUUGUCCUGGGCAACGGGAGAGGUUCUAUCCGCAGCAACCAGAUCUACGGCAACAAGGAAGCUGGCGUGUACAUUCUUUUUAAUGGCAAUCCUGUUGUCAGUGGAAAUCACAUUUUCCAGGGCCUUGCAGCAGGCAUUGCCAUCAAUGAGAAUGGAAGAGGACUGAUCAGUGAGAAUGUUAUUAGGCAGAAUCAGUGGGGUGGUGCUGAUAUCCGUCGAGGAGGUGAUCCAGUCCUGCGCAAUAACUUCAUCUGUUAUGGCUACUCGGACGGAGUGGUGGUGGGAGAGAGAGGGAGGGGCCUCAUUGAAGGCAACCACAUAUAUGGCAACAGAGGCUGUGGGGUGUGGGUAAUGUCAUCUAGUCUACCUCAGCUCAUUGGAAAUCAUAUUACCCAUAACCGCAUGUAUGGGUUAGCCGUAUUCUGCCGGAAGGACACAGAUUCUGCCGUGGGCCGAGAGGGCUAUCGCUCUUUACAGGAAAGAGAGAGAGGAAUCGGGGUUGGAGAGAGGGACAGAGGAGGGCCGGAGAACUUCAAUGAGGAAGGAGAACUGAUGGCAUGGGAAAGUGAUAUCGAUAGCGAAGAUGAACGCUUUUCCUCCCGACGGCCAAUCACAGUGGCCCUAAUGGAAAACAACUGCAUUAGCCACAACGGAGCUGUUGGAGUGUAUGUGAAGAGCAGUGAGCCUCUGAACGUGGUGGCCAACAUGGUGAAGAAUAACAAAGCAGCCGGCGUGUCUGUCAUUCAGAGCGCUCAGCUAACACGUUUAGUUGGAAACUGUGUCCUCUGUAAUGGCUGGACGGGUGUGACUGUGGACAGAGAGUGUCGAGUCGAGCUGCGUGGCAAUGGCGUUUAUGGCAAUAACUGUCACGGUGUCUGCUUCCGAGGCGAUGGGCUGAUUGUGGAAAACGAUGUGGUCGGAAAUAAUGCUGUUGGAAUUCGAGUGAUGGACAAUGCAGAUGUUAAAGUAUUGAGGAAUCGUGUUCAGGCGUUGCGGGGUUAUGGGAUUUCUGUCAAGGAGCGGGUCCGAGGUGUGGUUCAGGAAAACCUGGUUUAUCAAGGCCACCCCACGAGUACUAAAUCCCCCAUACGGACAAACCCACAGAACCUGGAGUGUGUUGUACUUAACAACUCUCUGCUCACACCCAGAUCACAAGCACUCUGGGCUCUGGAAAAUCCAUCUCCUCGUCCCCACAAUAGUAACCCCUCUAGCGUCACCCCCUCCACACUUCCUGCUCACCUUGCCAUCACCAUGACAAACAGAAUCACUGCCUCUGUAGAAAGUGGUUGCCAUAACAACGGCAGCAUCUUUUGCUCAAUUUUAUGAGGUACGUAGUUCCCGGCUCAACAACAUCAGAUGGAAAUUCAUAAAAUGUCCCCUCAGUGUGAACCCUGGUUGAAGAAGGACAUAGAAGAGGUCAAGGCACUGCUUCAACAUGUGGUUUGGAUGAUGAAAAAUCGGAAUAAGCUUCAAGCACCUGACGUUCAAAUGCACUUUUUUUAAUGACUAACCAAAGGUAGGUUGUUUAGUAGUCAGGUAAUCAAACUAUGAAGGAUUAAGGCCACUUUUUUGAUCUGAAAUGAAUCAUUCCACUCACUCGAAAUGGAAGUGAAGCUGGUCUGGGAUCAGUGUUUAUGAGCAUCUUACUGGAGUUUGUAUUUUAUCACAUACCUGAAGUCUAGUUGGCUACCAAUCCAGCAGAAAGCCCGUUCAAUACAGGACAGUUUACUGAGACAAAACUAUUUAUGAAUUACUGGAAGUUCUUCAAAUCAAGCUUCUAUUCAACAAAAUCUUCUGCGAAUCAAUAAGACACAUGGAUUUAAUUGUCCAAUGAACCUACAGCCUGUUAUUAUCAUUUCAGACAUUCACACAAAGUCAGGAGGGACAAAGAGACACAAGGGAAGUAGAAGCGAGAGACAUGUCACAUGGCUUACGCUCUCUCUCUUCCCAAAAGACCAGGACCAGUGCUGAAAAUAGAAGAUAAACAAAUUCAGUGCACCGCAGGAAUUGUAGUCCUGCUGGCUUCCGCUGAGAUUCUGUAAUGGACAAGAACAAAACAGCAUGUACUGCAUAUCAAGAUGCAGCCAGUCAUAAGCUGGCAGAAUCUGUUGCAUUACAUCAAGUGGCAAUAUUCAACUUUCCUCUAAAAACAAUCCAGUUUUAUGUACAUGUGCACAUUAUUGAAGGGUUUUGCUCUUGUAUGACCUGGCAGCCCAGCCCAAACUGGCUGAAUAGAAAGGUUGGAAGAUUUAAAAAAAAAAAAGACAAUUUAAACACCCUAAAGGAAUAGUCUGACCUAAAUAUGUUGUCAUCAGUACCCUCGUGUCAUUCCAAACCAGUGACUUUUCUUCUGUGGAACACAAAAGA